AUGCAUUCGGACCAAACACCCAGAGGGGGAUCCAGGUCCAGGUCUUCUUCCCCUGAAAAGCGCUUCCCGGUCUCGGAGGAGUAUCCGAUGCAUAUUCUGGCCCACGAGGAUCCGGCAGGGAACAGCCCAUUUGUGAUCGUCACACGGCCAAGUACUGACUCUGUACACGCCGACGACCAUUUUCAGGGCACCGACGAACCGCUACUGCCAACCUCAAGUCCACGUUUGCGCCCUGACCAAGAAUCGGGUCGAUCCUCGUGCUCUCUCUCUAAGAUCUACGCUUGGAUUAAAGGACCAUCACCGCCGCGCAGGUAUCUAAUUAACCCUUGCUGCGCCAAUGGCAAACCGCUCCUGGUCGGCUCGUGGAGCGCUACUUUCCUAGCAAGAGCGCUAAGGUCGAACGCUACUAAUUGUGGAAUCAAUGGCGAUGACUGUCGUCCCUUUGAUAAAGGAGGGUUUGCAUUCCGCUGCCCUGCAGGCUGUGCCUCCACGAUCGUGCUUGAACCAUACUAUGUAGGCCCGGAAGAAAUCAAUUACAAGAGCCUCGUUAUCGGAGGUGGUACGGAGAGCUCUGAAAGUAACAACUUUGGUAUAUAUCGUGGAGACUCUGCGAUUUGCCCUGCAGCCCUGCACGCUGGACUCAUCAGCGACCAGAAGGGUGGUUGCGGCGUUCUCCGUCGGACGGGCGAGUACGCCGGCUUUGUAUCCAUCGAGAAGAAUGGAAUCGCAAGCAUAGGUUUCCCGUCUAACUUCCCACUCUCUUUCACCUUUGGUAGCGGCGAGACUUCCGACGAGGGCAACGUUAGCUGCCAAGAUCUCCGAUGGCCACUGUUCACCUUCUCCCUGGUAGUAUCUGCUAUACUAUCACUAUUCACCACGUCGCCUGCAGCGUUCUACGCUUCUAUAUACCUCAUCGUCUACUUCCAAGUAGCUCUUUCGUCUGAUCCACCGUACUCCCCAGAUUUCUACGAGGUGGUAUCCACUGCACUGGGCCGAUUUCUCCCCUGUGCCUUUGUCGGAUUCGCAAUGUACUAUUUCUGCGUCCGGCACACGCUUAAAGACCUGGAUGCCCAUUGGGACAAGACCGUUCUCUGGCUGGGCCCCUGUUGGGUGGGAGCCCUCAACACCGACACAUUCGACAAGAUUCCCAUCUCCCGUCUGACGCCUCACGACAUCCAACAGCAACCAGGCGCCAUCCCCGCGCUGAUCAUCAUCGUUACGCUCCUGAUCGCCAUCGUGUUAACCCAAGCCUUCGCCUUUCGCAACGAGGGCAGACUCCCCCGAAUGCUGUCUAUAUACGGCAUCAUGGUCUGCGGCAUUGUCGCCCUUCUCAUCGUACCAAACAUGAACCUCCGAAUCCACCACUACAUCCUCAGCCUACUGUUCCUCCCCGGUACAACCAUCCAAACCAGACCCAGUCUCCUAUACCAAGGUCUCCUAGUCGGCCUGUUCAUCAACGGGAUCGCAAGAUGGGGCUUCGACAGCAUCCUCCAGACAGCAGCUGCUCUGCUAAACGGCGCUGAGCUGGGAAGUGUCCUCCCCGUAAUCGCGGCUCCGUUGAUCCCUUCAGCUCAGAACAUCAUAUUCAAGUUUCCGGAUAUCGCCGAGGAUGCGGAUGGGAUCAGCGUGUUGGUGAAUGAUGUUGAGCGGUUUCAGGCUUUCAAGUCAGAUAAUGGCUCUGUGGAAUCCUUCAAUUGGACGCGGCUUAAGGUUGAUGAGCCGGAGUAUUUUCGGUUCGGAAAUGUCAAGAUGAAUGCGCUUGGUGGGCUCUGGUAUGAGGAUUUUACGAAGCCCGUUGUUUGGGAGGUUGAUGGGGUGUGGAAUAGUUCUGGACAGCCCUGA